UAAAUCGGGACUUAGCUGUUACACAAUCCGCUGUGUGUCUCUGCCCACUCUCAUUUUGCUGUUGCUUCUCCUGGCUGUACCCUGCUCCUUCCCCCAGACACACACACAAUACGGGAGCCGUCCAUACUGCUGACUCUUCUCCAGCAGAUCUCUGUGCUCGACGCCUAGGCUCCUUACCGGCUCCCACUCCAUUCAUUCACCGGUGACCCCUCUCUCUGUACUUGGUGAGGAUGAGUGGGGAUAACAGUCUCAACGACUCACAGAUCGACGCGAGUUUUCGGGCAAACGACUCCCAUAAACAUAAGAAAGACAAAGAGCAUCGUCACAAAGAACACAAGAAGGACAAGGACCGUGAAAAAUCCAAACACAAUAACAGUGAGCACAAAGAUCCUUCCGAAAAGAAACACAAGGACAAACACAAGGAAAAGGAUGGUGAGAAACAUCGAGAAAAAGAUGGUGAGAAACACCGGGAGAAGGACAGUGAGAAACAUCGGGAGAAGGAUGGUGAGAAACAUCGGGACAAGGAGGGCGAGAAACACAAAGAUGGUGAGAAACACAAGGAUGGUGAGAAACAUCGAGACAAGGAGGGCGAGAAACACAAGGAUGGUGAGAAACAUCGAGACAAGGAGGGCGAGAAACACAAGGAUGGUGAGAAACAUCGGGAUAAGGAAGAGAAGCGCAGAGAUGGGGAGAAGCAUAAAGAUGGAGAGAAGCACAAGGAUGGGGAAAAGCAUAAAGAUGGAGAGAAGCACAAGGAUGGGGAAAAGCAUAAAGAAAAACACCGAGAUAAGGAAAAAAGGAAGGAACUAAAAGAAAAGCUAAAAGCUUCCAUGGACGGUGUAAAAGUGAAAAAAGAAAACGGCUUCUCUAGUCCUGUUCAUGUCAAAAAUGAACCAGAAGAUGAAGGCUACACCUUCCCUCCCAAGGAGAACAAGGCACUGAAGAGAUCCAGAGAUGAUGAAGAUUCUGAUUACAAGCCCAAAAAAAUUAAAACCGAAGAUGUCAAGAAGCCAAAAAAACGAAAGCAAGAAGAGGAGGAUGUAAAACCUAAGAAAAACAAGAACAAAGACAAAGGGCAGGAUGGUGCAGUUAAGAAGAAAAAGAUCAAAAAGGAGGAGGAGGAAAAGUGGAAAUGGUGGGAGGAGGAACGUCAUGCAGACGGAGUCAAGUGGAACUUUUUGGAACACAAAGGACCUGUGUUUGCUCCACCUUAUGAACCUCUCCCAGACAAUGUGAAGUUUUACUAUGAUGGUAAAGCAGUCAAGCUCAGCCCCAAAGCAGAGGAAGUAGCCACUUUCUUUGCAAAAAUGUUGGAUCACGAAUACACUACAAAAGAUGCCUUCAGGAAAAACUUCUUUAAAGACUGGAAGAAGGAAAUGACAUCUGAGGAACAAGGUCUCCUCACCAACCUGAACAAGUGUGACUUCACUCAUUUGGGCACGUACUUCAAAGCUCAGUCUGAGGCCAGGAAGCAAAUGACCAAGGAGGAGAAACUGAAAAUCAAAGCGGAGAAUGAGAGGUUGGUGCAGGAAUAUGGCUUCUGUAUAAUGGACAACCACAAAGAAAGAAUUGCCAAUUUCAGGAUAGAACCUCCGGGCUUGUUCAGAGGCCGAGGAAAUCAUCCCAAAAUGGGAAAGCUUAAGAGGAGGAUCAAUCCUGAAAAUAUCAUCAUUAACUGCAGCAAAAACUCCAAGGUUCCCGCUCCUCCCCCUGGACACAAGUGGAAGGAAGUAAGACAUGACAAUAAAGUUACAUGGCUUGUCUCCUGGACGGAAAACAUUCAAGGCUCUAUUAAAUACAUUAUGUUGAACCCCAGUUCCCGUAUUAAGGGUGAGAAGGAUUGGCAGAAAUAUGAAACGGCCCGCAGACUGAAAAUGUGUGUUGAUAAAAUCCGCAAUUCUUACAAAGAAGACUGGAAAUCCAAAGAAAUGAAGGCCAGACAGAGAGCGGUUGCACUGUACUUUAUUGACAAGCUUGCUCUGAGAGCUGGUAAUGAAAAGGAGGAAGGAGAGACGGCUGACACUGUAGGCUGCUGCUCAUUGAGAGUGGAACACAUAAAACUUUUCCCUGAGAUGGACGGUCAGGAGUAUGUGGUCGAGUUCGACUUCCCUGGUAAAGAUUCCAUCCGCUACUACAACAAGGUGCCUGUGGAGAAAAGGGUUUUUAAGAAUCUACAACUUUUCAUGGAAAACAAACAACCUGAGGAUGACUUGUUUGAUAGGCUCAAUACAAGCAUUUUAAAUAAACACCUUCAGGACCUGAUGGAUGGACUGACAGCCAAAGUGUUCAGAACAUACAACGCCUCUAUUACCCUACAGCAGCAACUGAAGGAGCUCACCAACGAGGAUGAUAAUGUCACUGCCAAAAUCUUGUCUUACAAUCGUGCCAACAGAGCUGUGGCUAUAUUAUGUAACCAUCAGCGUGCGCCUCCUAAAACCUUUGAGAAGUCUAUGCUGAACCUGCAGACCAAGAUUGAUGCCAAGAAGGAUCAGCUAGGGGAUGCACGACGAGAGCUGAAAAGCGCCAAAGCAGACGCCAAGGUCAAACGGGAUGAAAGGACAAAGAAGUUGGUGGAAGCCAAGAAGAAGGCUAUAGAGAGGAUAGAGGAGCAGCUGAUGAAACUGGAGGUUCAAGCCACAGACCGAGAAGAAAACAAACAAAUUGCUCUAGGAACCUCCAAACUUAACUACUUGGACCCAAGAAUCUCUGUAGCUUGGUGUAAAAAAUAUGAAAUCCCCAUUGAGAAGAUCUACAACAAAACACAGCGAGAGAAAUUUGCAUGGGCUAUCGACAUGGUGGAGGACGACUAUGAAUUUUAACGUGUGCGCGAGAGACAAUUGUGUUCUUAAUUUGUUUUUAAUUAUUAUUUUAAGCCUGGAUGUCACCUCGGAAAGGGAUUUUUCUUUUAGAGAGCUUGUGAGCCUUACCUUUUUAUUAACUUAAUUUUAUUUUAAGAUGGGAAGGGGAUAUGCAGCAGAUUAAGGGGAGAAAAAGAGACAUGGAUUAUAACUAAAAAAAUAUUAAUAAUUACCAUCCCCUUGCUGCCUUCAGUAUUGUCCCAUGGACAAGAACUAUAUAUACAUAUGUACAAUAUGGAUGAGCUGAAGUUGUGACUACGCUGUUUUUAUGUGUGUUUUAAGAUGGGAGGUUUUCACCAGGCAUAAAAAAUCCGCUUUUCAAAAAAGUCUGUAUAAUAGAAUUUAAAAAAAGGAAAAAACAAAAAAAAAAAAUAUCCUGUGUGUUUUUACAGUUUAAGAUUUUUUGCGAUAACGUCUAUUUUAAUAGAAAACUAUAAAUUGUACCCUUCCCUUUCAUCUGGACAUAUCCCCUUACCCUGGUUACACUGUUCUGCUGAAAAGAGGGGGCGUGUUGUCUGGCAGCUGGAGGGGUCACUUUUGACUCCUGUUUUCCCAUUAAAAGUGAAUCUGGGCCUUGUGGUCUAAAACUGGGGGGGACAGGAAGCGGUCUUUUUGCCUGCAGCAACCAAUCACGCGAAACGUACGUAAUCUGCAUUCCUGGUUACCGUAGAUGACAAACUUCAAUCUAAUCUGGUUUAAUCUGUCUUUUGUAGAUUAGAGAACUAAUUAUGCAGGUUGCUGUAGAGGAAAACGAUAGGGCUAAUGCAUGAAAAGGAGAAAUUAUUUAGCACAGAAUUGGCAACGAAUUGGGUUUCACCUUAGGGAAGGGGGGGGGGGCGGGGGGGGGGUUAUAACUAAUGGAUCCAUUCUAAACUCCAAUUGUGUAAAAUUUUCUCUAGUUUCCAUGAAUUGGCUCCAAUAUCUAAUUUUCUUUCUCCAGUUUUUAUGCAGGAGUCCCAUGUCUGAGCCAUCCACAGUUGGUUUGGGCGCUUGGUUACAAAUGUGACUUUUUUUUCUUUUUUUUUGUCAAUUUUACUGAAAGGGGAUUUUUUUUGUUAACUUUUAAGAAAUGUGAAUUUUAAUUAUUUUUUUUAUCUUUGCCCAAUUAUCUAUUCACUAUUUUAAGUAUUUAAUCCUGUAUCUUAGUAGCAAAAAAAAGCAGAAAAAAACAGUAUCAAAACAGUUGUACCAUUGUAGGAACAUUGAACUUUUCAUUUCAGUAAAUGCUUUUCAGAAUUUUAUUUAAUGUGAAAAGUACUUUUUGUAGAAGUACAACAGAGACCAAACUUGUUGAACCUUUUUGUAUAAAAGCAUUAUUUGUCACGGUGGGAUGAACUGACACCCUAUGGACAGGUGGGGGGGGGUACUUGCCAUUAUUCCUUGAGUUGCUUAAGUCAUAUAAGCUUAGUGUAUGGCACCUCUAUGAAAUGGGGAGAAUGAUACAGAUGUGGACAACUCUGUUGGAAGCCAUUGGUGGCCAGGGAGGAAAUGGAUUUGAAAGCUAUACUUGAAACUUAUUCCACAAUGGACUGGCUAAUCCUUUAGUAAAGGCGGUUUUAAUUGGAGGAAAAGAACAUUUUGUCAUACAGGGUUUCUGAAAAGCCUGUAAUGCAUUUUUUUUUCUUUUAUUAUAAAUGAGUGUUCACAACAAUUUAUUUCUUUUAUGACUAUCUCCCCAUCUCCUAUUUUUAUCAUGAUUUGCCAUUAACUUGAGUGUAGGUUAUUUAAAAAUAAAACCCUACAACUUGCA